GAAAGAUCACUGUCGGCCUUGCCCUUACUACUGGGGAAUUUUGAAAAUCCUUAUAUUGAGGGCAUCUAUUAUUCGAAGAACGCUGCGGCAAAGACGAGCAGCUUCAUGGCCUCAUCGGCGCCCUACCAAUGGGGGGAAACGGUGUCCUCAGCUGUGCAUUCGCGCUACAAAGCGCUUCCCAAGAAGGGGAAACCUCAGGGCCGGGAAACGACUGUUCUCGCCGCUUUCCUCCUCUCCUCCCCAUUCAUGGUCGAACCUAAGCCCGUCCAGCCCCUGUACCCUAAAUCAAUCCUAAAUCUUGUCGUGGGACCAAAAUGCAUCGGUGGAUCCCUUCUUAGCCCUCGUGGGAAUGUUGUCAAUGACUCUCACGCCGAGAUCAUUGCAAGGCAGAGCCCUCUUGAGGUUUGUUCUUUUUAUUCAGAAAUUCUGUGGAUUGAUCAGAAAGAGCGUAAUGGCGAACAGAAAAUGGCUUUUCUUUUCGAUGCUGAGCAAGGGAAGUAUGUGAUGAGCCCCUGGUUGAGAUUGCAUUUAUAUGUCACCCAAAUUCCAUGUGGGGUUUUUUCUAUGGCUUUAUCUCAAGCAUUGCAUAUGCGGAGUUCUAUUGAUGGUGAUUCAUCAUCUACAGGGAAAACGAAAGACUCCAAUGAUGGACGGACAGAUGCAUCAGUGACUCCAGUUAUUGGCUGCCCUGAAUUUGUUCAGAUGGUCCAAAAGAAGCCUGGACGCGGUGACACAACUUUGUCAAUGAGUUGCUUUGAUAAGAUAACACGGUGGACUGUUGUUGGACUUCAAGGAGCUUUACUUUCUCACUUGGUGCAACCUGUCUAUCUAUCUACUAUUACGGUGGGCAAUUCUUGUUGUGAUGCUUGCAGAGAAUUUUACUUUGAACAUCUAGAAAAGGCUUUUUGUAGUCGAAUGGCUACUCUACCCAAGAAAGUUUCAAGCUCCUUUGAAGUGCUCAAGCCUUGUAUCUAUUGGUCUUCUGUCCCUUUGAAGGAAUUCCAACAACCUCAUGGUGACGAUCCCAAUUUAACAUGCGGGUAUUCAAUAUGUUGGAAUAGAUCUGGUCUGCAUGAGGUUAUCUUGGGAACAACAGGGAGGAAGCAAGGCACAUCUACUAAAGGGGCAUUGUCCCGAUCAACGGAGUCAUCACUAUGCAAGAGAAGGUUGCUGGAAGUAUUCAUGAGUUUGAAGCACAAAUUGCCUUUUGGGUCUCAAGCUGAAGAAAUUCUUUAUAGUGAACUGAAGGGCAUGGCUUAUGAGUACCAAUCUGCUCUCAAGGUCUUAAAAGAGAGCCCACCCUUCAUCACUUGGCAUCCAAAGGUUUCAGACCUCGAGGCCUUUUCUUCUAGAAAACAUCCUUAGUCUAGCUAAAAAAAUAGCGUGUCAAUGAUGUCAUUACAACAGAGGUUCUUUCAGUCUAGGUGUGUUCAUCGAUUCGCCCCGGAACGAGGAAUAUCCUUGAUUGAUUACAUAUUUACAUUAUGGAGGACAAGUAUUUGAUCUUCAUUUUCAUUAAAUUAAGAACUGUAUUUUGAUGCUGCUAGUAGAAGUGAAAUCACCAUAUGAUGGACCUGAAGGCAGAUUCAGCAGCUUGAAGAGUAUUUUCCACUCCAGUGCCUGUGAGGUUACUAUUGUGAAAUCUUGCGGGAGACUUUAAGGAAAACUCUGUCGACAUGGUGAUUAUUUAUAAAUUUUAUUUAACAGCAUCUGUUACUGACUUAGUUCAUGGCACUUGUCAUAGCUUUAAUUGAUUAAGUUGGAACAGCCAUUUUGAGGUGCUAUGAUGUUAUGGUGAUCUGUCCUAAUAUGGUUGUCGUAUUGUCUGAUCUGCCUAGAGUCUUAAGAAAUAGCUGAUUCUUUUCAA